UGACGGAUGUCAAACUACCGCAGAAAGGGAUGUCAUUCUAAUCAGCCCAGCUGUGGAAGACAUGAACGGGAGAGCCUGCAACCUUAUGGUGUCCCCCUCCAAUGUUCCACAUGCCUUGGGUGCACUCACUGGUCAACAGCUGCCCCCCGGAGGGGUCCAGAGUCACCCAUCCUGCUCGAGCGCCCUCCACCACCCUUCUGGUCCAGGUGUGGGAGUCCAGUCUCAGACACUCGGAGGUCCGGUCCUGUUUCCCAGCCUUAGUCUUCGCCGACAGGUGCUGACUAAUGGGAAGAGUCAUGACAUCCUCAGCUUUCCGCAAUCGUCGUGGAAACAGGCAUCAUCCCUGUCUCUUCCACCUGCAGCCUCUAUCUCCUGCUCAAAACAGGGAGCCAAAGCAAAAUGUCUAGAGGCUGGUGGUGGCAAAGGUCAUUUACCACAGGGGAAUGUCAACAAACACCCCACCAAUGUAAACCUGCAGGUGACCAAUAACACCAUGGUUGUUCAGAGUCUGGGACUCCCCUCACACCAGCCUAACCAUAGCACUGGACCCUCGGUCCUCUCCCAUUCUGUUGGUCUGGUCGUGCCUUUUACAGAUACCAGGUCUUUGCUAUCAAGGGAAUCUCUUGCCUCAACAACUCUCAGCAUUCCUGACACGCUGUCCAUCCGGAGCGGCCGGCAAGAAUGGCCCUAUGGCUACCGAGUACUCCCCCCUCUGUGCUCACAACCGUGCUCCAACGCGAUCGGAGAGGAGGGCCCAGAGACACUCGCCCUCCCGCCUGGCACAGCCAUGUCUGGGGCCACCAGCGUCUCCAACUCGACCUCCUUGCCCUCGUACCUGUUCGGUGGUGGAGGCGACGCCGGCAGCCCCCGCCUUCCCGCGCGCGCAAAGAAGCGGGCGCUGUCCAUGUCGCCGAUGUCGGACGGCAUCGGCAUCGACCUGAACUCGGUCAUCCGCACCUCGCCCACCUCGCUGGUGGCGUACAUCAACGGCUCGCGGAGUUCGCCGGCGUCCCACCUGCUGGGGCCAGGGGCUGCGAUGGCGUCACCCCAGCAGUCCGAGGUGUGCGGUCACUUCCUGGGGGUGAAGGGCAGCUGCAUCCCCAGUCCCAGACUCGGCGCCAGGCUGGCGGUGUCCGUCACCACAGACGACCACCCGGACCCUGAGUGUGCACGCAUGCAGCGACUGGAGCAGAUGGGCUCCUUGGAGGGCCAGCUAGCCAACAUGGUGGUGGGACAGCAACAGCUGCCCACUGAAGGUCUCUCCAUGGACAGAGGCAUGAAGGGACAAGAUGGUGGAGAUGACUGCGUAUAUCGGUCUUUACAGCUGCAGCUAGAGCUGGCUACGGUUAUCCACACUCCCACUCCUCCACGGGGGCCCCCUCCUCCUUACCACUCCCACAAGCACCUGCCCAUCCUGGGGCAUCCUCUAGAGCCUGAGGGCCCCUUGGGGUUGCAUGGCGAGGAGAGCCUUAGCCCCAGCAGCCUUCCCAAGGCAUCGUGCCCCAUAGUGGAAGAUGAGGAUGGGGAGCAGGAGGAUUUCAGUGGAGGCUACUGUUGCCGCUGGGUGGACUGUAGCGCCACCCACAGCCAGCGAGAGGAACUGGUGAAGCACAUCGAGAAGCUUCACGUGGACCAGCGCAAGGGAGAGGACUUCACCUGUUACUGGGCAGGAUGCCCGCGCAGACAGAAGCCUUUCAACGCCCGCUACAAGUUGCUCAUCCACAUGAGGGUUCACUCAGGGGAGAAGCCCAACAAGUGCACGUUUGAAGGCUGUCAGAAGGCUUUCUCCCGCCUGGAGAACCUGAAGAUUCACCUGCGCAGCCACACAGGGGAGAAGCCCUACGUGUGCCAGCACCCUGGCUGCCACAAGGCCUUCAGCAACUCCAGCGACCGUGCCAAACAUCAACGCACGCACCUCGACACUAAGCCGUACGGAUGCCAGGUGCAGGGUUGCUCUAAGCGUUACACAGACCCAAGCUCUCUACGCAAACAUGUGAAGUCACACUCCAGCAAGGAGCAGCAGGCCAGGAAAAAGCUAAGGCAAAGCACAGAUUUGAGCCAGGAUGGACUAUCAGAGUGCUUGACGAUCCAGCCACUACAAGCUUGUCUCUCCCCCAUGGAUAUGAUUGACAGGCUGUGCCAAUCUCCUGAUCCACCAAAGGACUUGUAUUCUGGUGUGUUCUCACCGAACCGGUCCAGCAGCAAAGCGUCUGCCCCACUGCCUUGCACAGCCCAGGGCAGCCCACGUGUGCCCAUCCUGGCCCCUCUGCACGACUCCUGCAGAUUUGCAGCACCCUCACCUCAUCACCUGCAAGCUCCCCAUCGCCCCUGUGGCACAGGUGAUCUCCAGAGAACCCGCCGAACUCAGCCUCUCCUGGCGCCUCCCGACACACACCUCCCUGAUCACCUGCGAGGUUUCUCCAGCCACAUCCAUAUGGCAUGUGCCCCAUCAUACGAUGACUCACCACUGACUACAGGGCUGACCGCGGCCUGUUCCAUCAUGCAGAUGCAGGCUUGUGGGGGAACCCUGCCUGUCCCCACCACCUCCCAAUCUGAUCUGGACUUAGUGCACAGAGCUCUUUCAGGGAUCACGGGGAUCCGACGGCAGCUACCUACACAUUGGUGGCAUGGAGCGCUGUCCCAGCCAACUGUCCUGUAUCUACACCGAGGGAUGAUCUUCCAACUCUACAACCUUUGCUAUGGAACCUCACCUGAACAGCCACGAGAGUGCAUCAGCAGCAGAGCUUACCUGAUCGUUUAAUACAUUCCGAAUAACAGUUUAGAUUUUAUGCACUAAAAUGUUUAAGUUGAUCCACUAUUCUGAAUCCAUUUGUAUGCUCAUUUUUAAGCCACUGGAAAAUAACAGAAUGUUGAGCCUGCACUGGAAUCAUUAUCCAGCUUGUUGCACAUAUUGUCUUAACUCUAACAACCUGGUACUAACCACCAUAGAGUGCCUUAUAAACAACUUCUGCCACAAUGAUGCCUUUAUAUAAAACUGUUCUGAAUCUGUACAAAACACUGUGUUGGUUUGAAUUGUAGAUAGAUGGAUGGAUGGAUGGAUGGAUGGAUAGAUAGAUACUUGAUUUAUCCAGAAGGACAUUAAGUAUGUUAAAUUGUAUGUAUGUUAUCCACAAUAACAUUGGGACCAUAUUGUUAUUGUCCGA